AGAAUCUAGUUAUUCCCCCUCCGAAUUUCAUCCACAACGUAUUUAUUUGGGUACAUUAUAUUAUAUAUUAUCUUUACAACCGCACAGGGCAACGAUGAGUCUAAGGGAUCUCAAUCUGACUAAGGAGCAGAUGCUAAAGCUUCAGCAGUUACUGGCAGAGGAAAUAAAGGACGAAAGCCAGCAGGAUCAGAAGGAGCCAUCGAAGGAAAGGGGCAUAGCCAAGGCUCUGGAUAAUGUGCAAGUCUAUGUGGAGGCUGGUAAGACGGAGGCUUUUGUCCAGCUAAAGCAACCGAAAUUACACAAAUUUGAGAUUACAUCAAAUGCAGUGGCCUCUGGAGCUUCGGAAUCGAAUACGUUCCAGCGCGCAGACGCCAAGGAAAUUGAUCGCUGGAAAUCGGACAAUGUGAUCAAGUUCGAUUGCAUUUCAGACGAGUACCGCGAGCAAUUAGGCCAAAUUCAAACCGACGAAAGUACUGGCGAAACGUACAUGCUCGUGCCCAUGGAUAUAAACAUACUCAUCGACCAGACCGAACUAACUCCUGAGGCUUCCACAAAGCGGAUCACCGAAGAGGAAGCCUACAAGCUGGCGGAGGAAGCUGGACACACCAUCUAUAUGCACCACAAACACGAGGGGCAUCCUUGCAAGCUGCCGCAGGCUGGUCUGAAUCUGAAUCCUCAAGCUAAUCAGGCCAACUACGACUACCACGUGCACACUUUCGAGGUGCCCAGAUUGAGUUUUCCCUUUGAACUGAAGUUUGGCCCUGAUGAGGAGGCUGGAAAAGUGCUUAAAUCAGACGAGGUCCCGGAAGAUCCAGAUCAUGAUGCGGAUGUGGAAGUGCGGGCAGCUACCAAGCUUCAAGAUUUAAAGGAAUAAGGGCAUCUUGCUCAUCAACGUCAUUAAGGAAACCAUUUAGAGCAACAAAAUUACUAACUAAUUUUCCAAGUUUGGUCCCUCUCUUAGACUAAAUCUUGUCUUAAAUAUUAAAUAUUUGAUUAAA